ACUCUGCUUUCUGCUGAUACUCUUACAGGGUCAGGUGGAAAACAGUCACUCCCUGUUGCUGAACGGGCGCUAGAUUUCAGCAGAGUCUGACAGUGAAGAGGCCCACUUAAUCCUCAUCGAAGCCAGUCUUGGCUGUGGGAUAAUUGCCACCCAAUUGCAAGCUGUCUCUGCUCCCCUGGGUCUGACAUUGGGACAUGAACAUUGAUUCAGAAUAAGAGCUGGAAGGAGAAUGCAGGAAUUUAUGGAAAAUGAUUCUCCGUGGCUCCAAAUCUUCAUCAUGAGUGCAAAUCAGUUUGUGCACAAAGCUAUGGACAUCUUCAUAUCUGCUGCAAAUAGAGGCGAUCUUGAACCACGUAGAGCAAACGCCUACAUCAAAGAGAUAUUGCACAUAAUAUUAUUUUAUGGCCAGAUUAAUUGUCCUAAGGUUGAUCCAGUAGACAUUUUACAGGGAAACACAGAUCUAUUAUUACGUUGUUUUCCGGAUGUCUUUGAGAGGUGCCGCACUCACCUUCCCACACGUCCCCCUUUCACAGUGUUACUUGAUGCGAUUGUUGACAUCGUAGGAAGAAGACAAGAACAAAGUGUUUUGGAAUUUUUAUUGUUGCAGAUAAAUGAAAUGGAAGUUCCUAAUGCUGGCAAUGGACUGUGUAAAAAUAUUUUUGUAUCAGCAGUUGUCAACUUCUGCUAUUUUAAUGAUGAGGCUACCGGACUUAGAAGGGAGAAUUACUUUGGUGCUUCAGUGACAUGUGCAGGAUCUACUCAGAGAAAAAUAAUGAUUGAUAUAUUGUGCUAUCAGACAUGGCAGCGUGAUAUUAGCUGGGCAGUAUGUAUUGGCAAUAGAUAUAACAGAAAUGCCUUCACAUUUCCUUGUCAAGUGCACUCAAUGGCAUUUAAUAUUUACACUCGUGGAGAAAGCACUCAUGGGCCCAUAGCUCGCAGGGCACCUUGUCAAAAAUGCUUCAUAAUGUUCCCAGACAUUGAGUUUGAAUUACGUCCACCAGAGGAUGAACAUAUUUUUUGGGAAUAUGGAAACUGUGCAGAGUAUGAAUCACUAAGCCAGCUUCUGAACUCGCAUCCAGAAAUUGCCUCGAGACUGCAUCGUAACCGGUUUGCAAUUGGACAUGAGGAAUUGCUGACUGCAAAAUAUGAACGACUUGAAUAUAACCUUCAAGAGUUGCAGUUUGAAUAUGGGCAUGAAUUUUCAUUUUACAAUAGUCAGUUAUAAAGGGAUCUGCCCUGGUAAGGCUCUAACAUUGAAAGCAUAUUAGAACACACAGUAUAUCAUUGUCCUGAUCAACCAACUAAUAAGUACACAUCUUGUAUGCAGCUGAAUAGAACAGAAUCUCUACAGUGUGAAAAUAGGCCAUUUGACCCAACAAGUUCACAUUGACCUUCUGAAAAGAAUCCCACCCAGACCCAUUCCCCUACCCUUUCCCUAUAACCCUGCAUUUCCCACAGAUACUACAUAUCCAUGAACCCUAUUGGCAAUUUAACAUUGCCAAUCCAGCUAACCUGCACAUCUUUAGACUGUGGGAGGAAACUGGAGCACCCAGAAAACCCACACAGACAGUCACCCGACGGCGGAAUUGAAACCAGUUCCCCACCAAUGUGAGACAGCAGUGUUAACUACUGCGCAGCCACGCUCCCUAAAGCUGUGGAGUAUUACUGUGACUUUAUCAAUGAAUUCAAUUCAAUGGACAGAAGUUAUAGGGUACAUAUUAACAGUUUACAAAUUUGCAUUUCCUCUGUUUAAUUGUUUAUCUGGAAGGUUAUCCCCGUGCAGUACAUCAAACACAGUAUUUGCACUUUUAAAGGUUAAAAACACCUGACCUUCUCCAUGCCACGGUGGUGAUGGGUCAUCACUGAACUGGAGCUUCCACUCGCUUAUUACUGGAGCUCUUUUCAAGGUCAGCACUAGUUAUAAAUUCCACCUGGAGGGUAGGGAAGGACAGAGGAACUCCUCCUGCCGUGUGAUGGUGCUGUUUUCAUUGACCAGGUGGAACUUUUGCAGAAAUUUGAAAAUUAAUCAUGUAACUUUUUCAAAUAGUCUAACAUUUGUAAUUCAAUCAACUGCUUAACCGUUAAUUGUAGUACAGAAACGUGUCAUUUCAGAAUUUAAUAUUCCCCCGAUGCUGAUAGGAAUGCUCAAUGGCCUAUGUCUAACAUUUGCAUCACAUCAUAACAUUUAGAAUAUUUUAUAUUGAUCUGCUACAUGAUUUGCUAAUCCAUACUUCUAGAAUUCCAUGUCUGAUUCUGAUCACAAGCAAAUUUUAAGUUAUAUGUGAAUGAUUUCCCUUCAGUGAAACUUGUCCACGGGAAGGGAAGGUAGCUAGGAAGGCGAUAGGAAGAUGAAGGUUGGGGGUGAUGGUGAUAGGUCAGAGUGGAGGGUGGAG